CAGUCCUCUAGACUGGAGAGGCGCAAUUCUGUCCACCCAAAUGCUCCAUCUGAAGGCUAGCCGGACUGCCACUGGUUAACCUAUUCGGCAGAUCCCCAACAACCCAGGCUUCUUCAGCUCUCUGUUCUGCAAAGUACUGUACGUACGAAGCUAUUGUCCAUGGUACGUUUUCUUCGAUUCCUGUUCUGUUCAGAUUUUCGUUUCGAUUUCUUCAGAUUCGUGUAAAAUCUUGCACCAGAUGAUUCAUAUGGGGCGGUAACUUGUUCGACAUCCCGGGCAAAUAAAGGAAUCGAUCCAAUUUUGUCGCCAAAGACGCUUCCAGAGAAGAAGGGUGCUGCCAAGCAAGCAUCCAUGGCUUACAACGACGAGCAGCAGCCACUACAUCUACAUGUUCUCUUCUUCCCGUUUGUCGCGCCGGGCCACCUCAUUCCGGUCGCUGACAUGGCCGCCCUCUUCGCCUCUCACGGCAUCAAGUGCACCAUCCUCACCACCCACGUGAACGCCGCAGUCAUCCGCUCGGUUGUCGACCGAGCCAACGACGCCGUCCGCGGCACCGGCGCCCCGACGAUCGACAUCUCCACCGUCCCCUUCCCCGACGUCGGGCUGCCGCCGGGCGUCGAGAGCGUCGUCGGAAUUUGCUCAGAGGCCGACAGGUCCAAGUUGCUGGAAGUGGUCCAGCUGCUCCGCGAGCCUUUCGACCGCUUCCUGGCUGACCACCGCCCCGACGCCGUCGUGGCCGACAGCUUCUACCCGUGGACCACGGAUGCCGCCGCUGAGCAUGGCAUCCCACGGCUAUGUUUCCUUGGGACCAGCAUGUUCGCCCGGGCCUGCAACGCCUCCUUUGCGGCACAACAACCCUUUUGAGGGGCUCCCUCCAGACGACCCUGACGCCGUCGUGUCCCUGCCUGGUCUGCCGCACCGCGUCGCGCUGAGGAGGGGCAGGUGUGGACCCGAGGAAGAACGAGCUGGAGUGGAAGUAAGGGAAGCUCGUGGAGG